CGAUUGAACUAUAAACGAUUCUCUAUCGAUAUGGAGUGAAACACUUGAAAAAUAUCAAUUUUUACUAAUCUGUCGGCCAAAGUCAGGUUAUAUUUGUUAAUAUCUAUUCCAAAAUAAAUGAGAAACUAACGAAAUAUUUUAAGCUCAGUACAAACGGGUCCAAACUCAGUACAAACGAUAGAUUUUGUUCGUUUUGCGAAAAGCAAUCACCGUCGGCUCUCUACGUACAAAUAAAACGCAAAAAAAACGACAAAAACAUCUAAUUUUGCCCUUUUCUGAUCGCUGUAUUCAACGAGAGCCUCUCACGAUUGUUCUCAACUCUGCUCGAUGGUUGUUUAGUGGCUUUCAGGCUUUACUGCUCUCAGUUUUCGCUAGUGAGAAUAGAGAGGGGAAGCCAUUGGAACAAAGAGAACUAAAUGCAAGCCAUGGUUGGAGAUUUUUCGUAGCAGUUCAGCAAAAAUGUGACAUUAAUUUACUGAAGAAAUAAAAAUAUGUGAACAAUCAGUGGUGAUUUUGUGGAGAAUCAGCAGUCUGAUGGUACAAUUGGAGCUGUGAGGAGUUCAACUAGCCAUCAACAUUCGUGGCAUGAUUCCGGAAUUUCAAGGGCCAAAUUAGCAGUUUCUCCAAGUAUUAAGAAGACGAGGUGCGAGCCUUACCCCUCUGUGUACAACCAUGGAUCAUGUAUGCAGGAUAUGUUUGACAGAAGCAACAAAUUUAACGUCGAUAUUCUGCACUGGUCAAGACCUAGACGAUCUCUCCAGUUUACCCCAUAAGAUCCAGCAGUGCGGUGCCAUAGAGAUUCACGAGAGAGACGGCCUCCCUUCGUUGAUCUGUGAUGUAUGUAUUUAUAAAGCGAAUGUUGCCCAUGAAUUUCGCCAACAGUGCCAGCAUUCAGAUGCUCGAUUGAGACUGUACUACGACAAACCACCGCGUACAGAUCCCAUCGAAACAAGUACCCAGACCGAUUCACAGAUACGAAUACUAGUGACGAAAAAAGUGGAGCCCCAACAGCAGAAUUACUUCGUGAAAGAGGAAAUUCAGAGUAUGGAGCAAGAGCUUACAAAUUCGAUAGAGGUUUACACGCAGAAUCAUCAGUCUGUGGUUGAACCCAGCUCAAUAGACCCUGAGGACAAAUUAUUUUUAUGUCAAAUUGGCUUCGAUGGCACCAAGGAGAUGGAGAAGGACACUGUCAUUCUGGAGGCACACGGGAACGAUGUCCAGUGCCCUCAGAGGGAGACCCAAGUACUGCUGGAGGUACCAAGCAGUGUGGAACAACGGCUCCAAGAGACAGAGCACACAAUAACUGAGAUGAAACCUAGUGAUGCCGCCCAGUAUCUCAAUGAGCACUUGUUGACCUCCACAGCCAGUCCAGAAGAGGAGGAGGAAGAGGGAAUAGGGGUAGCUGAUGCCAUGGAUGAUGAUGAUGACGAUGAUGAUGACAUCAUAGAUAGUGAACAUCCAGUGCCAAAUACUGAACCAGGACAAGAAACACAACUAGCAACAGAGUCAGAACGAGAGCUAAAGGUGGAAUCUGAGCAAGAACAAGGAGAAGUACAAGAGCAAGUGUUUGCUGAACCCGAGACACUGAUUCCGGAAAUGAUUCUACCCAGGAGGCCCACCAGAAAAGCAAAACCGUCAGCAGGAAAGUCGUACAGUAUCGAUGAACUCGACGGUGAGUUCGAGUCCUUGGGGGACGACGAUCACGACGUACUAGAGCCAAAAUUCAAAUGCAAAGUCUGCCAGAAAAGGUACACAACCCUGAAGGGCCUCAAGAAUCACUCCCAGGUGCACGAUAAAAAACACAAAUGCUCAACGUGCUCGAAAUUAUUUUAUAAAUUGGAGAACAUGGAGAAACAUAGUAAAAUUCACGAGACUAAGCCCCACGCCUGCCAGAUAUGUCACACAUCUUUUGCGAAACCCCAGAGCCUGGUAAGACACAUGAAUACUCACGUGGAUCCGGGAUUGGAGGAUUCGGCCAACGAUUCUGGUUACAAAAUUGUGUCAAAGCUGGAUAACUCUGACGAUGAGGACGAUCCCCAAGGUAACGAGCUGGAUGGAUUCGAGAAUGCCCCUGGACUCUACAAAUGCGAUGUUUGUAAUCAAUUCUGUUCGUCCCUGAAGAAUCUAAAGCGCCACACCCUCGUUCAUGGUGAAAAAAAGUAUUCAUGCACAGUAUGCAAAAAGUGGUUCUUCAGACCUGACACAUUGAAAAAACACGCCGAGAAACAUGGUCACGGUCUCUUGGAUAAUUUAGUGGACGAUAACAAAUUAUUCGACUCUGACGAUGACUCCCCCACCCAUCCUGUUCACAAUACAAACGAUAAUUCAGGAAAACGAGAGGAGAGCGAUGAGGACGGUGGAUCGGGUGAAUACAAAUGUCAGCACUGUGACAAAGUUAUGGCGACGAUGAAGGGUUUGAGAAGACAUUUGUCGUGUCACAAGCCAAAAGCAGAGCCAGUGGUAUGUGAGAUUUGUAAAAAAGUGUGUGCCAGUCAGGCUAGAUUGGCUCUUCAUGCAAAAACUCACAAUAAACCAAAGGAAAAAGUACCGAGGGAGUAUUUGUGUCAUAUAUGCAGCAAAGUAUAUCCCAGUAAUUCAUCAUUGACGUAUCACAUGAGAACGCACACAGGGGUAAAACCGCAUGUUUGUAAAAUCUGUAAUAGUGGAUUUACAACGACAACGAGUCUGGCUAAUCACAUAAGGAUUCACACAGGUGAUAAACCAUUUGUUUGUCACGUAUGCAGCGCUGCUUUUGCUGUGAGCUCAGCAUUCAGGAGACACUUGACUAGACACACUGGAGAGGCAAAUUAUCUGUGUAAAACUUGUGGCAAAGCCUUCAAACGACUGAGCACUCUCAAAGAACAUACUUAUACCCAUUCGGGGGAGAAACCGUAUGUUUGCAAAACUUGUGGAGCUGCUUAUAGCCACUCUGGCUCACUCUUUGCACAUCAAAAGCGAUGUCGAGCGCAGUAUGGGGAACUGGUGCCUGAGGAACAUCAUAAUGUCGUUGCUCAUCAUAUUCACGUUAAUAAUGUGCAGACUGCUGUGAGAUCACUCGCUGUCAUUGGACAAAUAUUUUAAAAUCACGAGUUUUAAUAUCUGUAGAUAUUUUGUGCCUCUUUGAGGAUAAAAAAUUCUUUGAAGGGGUUAUCAGUGUCGUAUGAGUAAGGCAUUGGAUACCGAAUCGCUGCCUCAAUCCCGAACUAUAGCCCAGUGCAUUGGUCAAGGCUUGUAUUACGUGGGAUAAAUUAAGAGAUUUGAAUGGAUUAUGGAGUUUGUUCGAUUUUUCAUUCAUAAAAUUUUAUUCAUCUGAUUAUCAUUAAGUCAUGCUGAUAAAUGACUGAAUUUAUUUUACAAUUGAUUGAUUUUUUUUAAGUAUUGAAAGACACGAAAUUGUUGGAUACUGUGACGAUAAAAUUAGGGAAUAGUGUGAAGUAGUGAAUAUGAUAUUAAGAUUAUUGUAGUUGGUUUGAAAAACCCUUUGAUACAAGAGUCAGAAAGAAUUAUCAUUGUAUGCCUCUUUUUUCUAUAAACCAAAAUGCUUAAUAA